AGGCGCGGUUUCGCUCUGGGUAGGAGGUUGGCGCUUGUCCUCCGCACGCGUGUCCGGCUCCGUCUGUCAGGAGCUGCUCCGCUCUGCAGGAGGAGAACCGAGAGCCUCAAACAGACCCCGAGCGACUGGAAGGAUCAUGACUGUGUUGCGGUUCUACCGGAGAGAAGAGUCCGAGGGGGGGCGGACCCUGAGGAGGGUCAAACAGCUGUAUCCGCAGGUCACCGUAACGACUGAGCACUGCUACAAUGUUGAGCUGAACGAUGCUGAUUCUCUGAGUAAAGAGCAGAAGGACGUCCUGUGCUGGUUGUUUAAUCCUCCUCACUCUGCAGCUCUGUCUGACGAGCCCACUCUCAAAAUAGCAUCACCAGCAGAGACUCUGGUGGAGAUUGGCCCCAGGCUGAAUUUUUCCACUGCCUGGUCCACAAAUGCAGUGUCCAUCUGCCAGAGUGCUGGCCUGAAGCAGGUGACCAGAGUGGAGUUGUCCCGCAGACACAUAAUCAAGGGUGGACAGAAUGGACCAAGAAAGGAUGGAGAAAUGGAGAAGCUGAUUGGUCUCUUGUAUGACAGUAUGACAGAGUGCAUCUACCCGAAGCCCAUCACGUCAUUCUCUGUGGAUGUCCAGCCACAGAAAGUGUUUGAGGUUGACAUUUUGGGGAAAGGUCGUGCUGCCCUGGAGAAGGCCAAUGAUGACCUGGGUUUGGCAUUUGAUUCCUGGGAUCUGGACUACUACACAGCAUUGUUCCAGAGGGUGAAGAGAAACCCCACCAGUGUAGAAUGCUUUGACCUUGCCCAAUCCAAUAGUGAGCACAGUCGCCACUGGUUCUUUCGGGGGCGGAUGGUGAUUGAUGGGCAGGAGCAGAAGGACACCCUCUUCAGCCUCAUUAUGGGCACCCAGCAGCAUAGCAACCAGAACAACGUGAUCAAGUUCUGUGACAACAGCAGUGGCAUUAAAGGCAUGGAGCUGGAGUGUAUGUUCCCUACUGAUCCUGUGCAGGCCAGCUGCUAUGAGACCAGACGCAGCACCAGACAUGUCAUCUUCACUGCAGAAACUCACAACUUCCCCACCGGUGUUGCUCCCUUCAGUGGGGCUACUACAGGUACUGGUGGGCGAAUCAGAGAUGUGCAGAGUGCUGGCAGGGGAGGUCAUGUGAUCGCUGGCACUGCUGGGUACUGCUUUGGUAACCUCCACAUUCCAGGUUAUACCCUCCCAUGGGAGGAGGCUGAUUGGGAGUACCCCUCCAGCUUUGCUCCUCCUCUGCAAGUGGCUGUCGAAGCCAGUGAUGGAGCAUCAGACUAUGGUAACAAAUUUGGAGAGCCAGUGCUGGCAGGCUUUGCCAGAUCUUUUGGAAUGCGAUUGGCCAAUGGAGAGCGCCGGGAAUGGAUCAAGCCAAUCAUGUUCAGUGGUGGACUUGGCUCAAUUGAGAGUAAUCAUGUGAAGAAAGAGGAGGCGGAGCCAGGGAUGGAGGUGGUAAAAAUAGGAGGUCCUGUGUACAGGAUUGGUGUAGGAGGAGGAGCUGCAUCUUCUGUACAGGUGCAAGGUGAUAACUCCAGUGAGCGGGAUCUGGGUGCAGUGCAGAGAGGAGAUGCUGAGAUGGAACAGAAAAUGAAUCGGGCUCUCAGGGCAUGUCUGGAGAGAGCAUCAGGGAACCCCAUCUGUAGCAUCCAUGAUCAGGGUGCUGGAGGAAAUGGGAACGUGUUGAAGGAGCUGAGUGAGCCUGCUGGAGCUGUCAUCUACACCAGCAAGUUUAAGAGAGGAGACCCAACUCUCAGUGUUCUAGAGCUGUGGGGGGCAGAGUAUCAGGAGAGUAAUGCUCUCUUGCUCCGCCCGUCUGACCGGAGUUUCCUGGAGAAGGUGUGUCAGAGGGAGAAAUGCCCCGUCGACUUUGUGGGCAAAAUUACAGGUGAUGGCAAGAUUGUUCUUGUGGAUGAUUUGUCUAACCAAGGUGAUGGAGUGGGCGGUGGGCGGUGCCCUGUGGAUCUGGUGCUGGAUUGGGUGUUGGGGAAAAUGCCUCAAAAGGAAUUUGUGCUGGACUGUCUAGCAUCCUCUCUGCAACCUCUUUCUUUCCCUGCAGACCUGUCUGUUCUACCAGCUCUAGAGAGAGUCCUUAAACUGCCUGCAGUGGCCAGCAAACGCUACCUCACCAACAAGGUGGAUCGCUCUGUGACUGGAUUGAUUGCACAGCAGCAGUGUGUAGGACCUCUCCACACCCCAUUAGCUGAUGUGGCCGUGGUUGCCCUGUCCCCCUUCAGUCUCCAGGGUGCUGCCACAGCAAUUGGGGAGCAGCCAAUCAAAGGCCUGGUUUCCCCAGCAGCAGGUGCUCGAAUGGCUGUGGGAGAGGCCCUCACUAAUCUGGUGUUUGCCCAAGUCACUGCUCUCAAGGAUGUGAAGUGCAGUGGGAACUGGAUGUGGGCAGCGAAGUUGCCAGGUGAGGGGGCGUGUCUCUGGGAGGCGUGUCAGGCCAUGUGCAAGGUCAUGGGCCGACUAGGCGUGGCUGUGGAUGGAGGAAAGGACUCCCUUAGCAUGGCAGCUCGUGUCAGCGGAGAAACCAUUAAGGCACCAGGCUCUCUGGUGAUUUCUGUGUACGCUGUGUGUCCUGAUAUCACUGCUACUGUCACCCCUGACCUGGAUGACCCACAGGGCAAAGGUGUGUUGCUGUACGUUCCAGUGAGUGCGGGUAAAUACAGGCUGGGUGGCUCUGCACUAGCUCAGUGUUAUGGUCAGCUGGGAGACUGCAGCCCUGACCUGGAUCAUCCUGACUUGCUCUCUGCCUGCUUCAACACCACACAGACGCUCAUUAAGGACCGUCUACUGAGCGCAGGACAUGAUGUCAGUGAUGGAGGUCUCAUUUCUUGUCUUCUGGAGAUGGCUUUUGCAGGGAAUCGUGGGCUAGAAGUGAACUUGCCAUUUGAAGGGGUUGGAGUGUUGGAGGCUCUGUUCUCAGAGGAGUUGGGUCUGGUGUUAGAGGUGUGUGAGAGUAACGCAGUCAGUGUGUGUCAGCGUUACACAGAUGCUGGACUUGUCUGCCACAGGAUUGGCACUACCUCCGGUUUUGGACCCGACUCUAAGGUCAGGGUGAGCCUGCGUGGACAGGAGGUCCUGAACGAGCGUCUGCCCACUCUCAGGGCGUUGUGGGAAAGCACAAGCUUCCAGUUGGAGCAUAUGCAGGCCAAUCCACUCUGUGUGCAACAAGAAGAAAAGGGGCUAGCCACUCGCUCCCAGCCAUACUUUAAACUGACCUUCGACCCUGCCCCAACACCCAUAUUUACAGAGCUGGCUGGGCAGAAGCCUCGUGUUGCAGUGGUCCGAGAGGAAGGCAGCAAUGGAGAUCGAGAGAUGGCUGUGGCUUUGUUUAUGGCUGGAUUUGAGGUAUGGGAUGUAACAAUGCAGGACUUGUGCUCUGGAGCCACAACCCUUGACCCUUUCCGAGCUGUGGUGUUUGUGGGUGGUUUCAGUUAUGCUGAUGUGCUUGGAUCAGCCAAAGGCUGGGCAGCCACUGUGACCUUUAACCCACGUGCCCGAGAGGAGUUUGAGCGUUUCCGCCAUCGUGAUGACACCCUGAGUCUGGGGGUGUGUAACGGCUGCCAGCUUCUGGCUCUGCUGGGCUGGGUGGGUGAAGCACGGGAUGGAGGCUCAGAGGUGUCGCUGACCCAUAAUAAAUCAGGGCGGUUUGAGUCUCGGUUUGUCAGUGUGGGUAUUUUGCCCUCUCCAUCUGUCAUGCUGAAGGGCAUGGAGGGAUCUGCUCUGGGUGUGUGGGUUGCCCAUGGAGAAGGUCUGAUGCAGUUCUGCUCUACUGAGGCCCAGGACAGGCUCAUAAGUGAUUCUCUGGCACCCCUGCGCUACAUUGAUGACUCAGGAGCCCCCACAGAGACCUACCCCAUGAACCCCAAUGGGUCUGCGUUGGGCAUAGCAGGCAUCUGUUCAGCUGACGGCCGUCACCUGGCCAUGAUGCCCCACCCGGAGCGUGCUGUGCUGGGCUGGCAGUGGGCCUGGGCCCCUGCACCCCUCAGGGCCUCUCUGGAGCCUUCACCUUGGAUCCGCAUGUUCCACAAUGCUGCUGCCUGGUGUCAGACCACUAGAGAAAGAGAGCGUUUCUCACCGUUGCAGUGAACUUGACUGGGCCUGCUGUACUGUUACAUCUAAGAAAGUGCUCUGUGACCAGCCAACUCUUUUGUAUGGUGGUUUGAGAGAGAGUGUUCUAAAGUUUACAUAGUGCACAAGGCUGUGUUUUUACACCCAUAAAAAUGAUCUAACAAAGGCAUAAAUAAUAUGUUUUACUGUGUGUUACUUCAUUUCAGGUAGAACAAAUAUGAAUGAUGUCAUGGCAUUUAGCCAAAACCUAACUGUAUGAGAUUUGUUUUACUUAAAUGUGACUUGCACUAUAUCAAGUCAUGAGGACCAAAAUGUCUUGGAUAUGUUUUUAAAUAGUUAAAAAUGUUACCAUCAGUGUUACAGCCUCAUACAGCUAUCCAAAAAAGUGGAAACUUUCAGCUUCUAUUCAUCUGCAUUUCGAGUAUGUCUAUAUGAGUUGUUGGUGCUUUCUUUGCUUACUAGGCUACUUUUUCUUAAAAUUACUGUAGAGGGCGCUUGAUGUCAUACAUUAUUAGAUGACAGUAGCUUCUAGGUGUAGAAUUAGAAGCAUGGCAGCAGUAGACAAAUCCUGGUUUUGCUGAAGGUGUAUACCUGUGAAGCCAUGUCAGUCUAAAGGUGGCAUCAUGCCCAGCAACUCUGGGUUUCAACUGGAUUUCUUUAUGACAAAAGUGAGUGGGAUUUUCACAAACUGUCACUAUUGCACUGUUCUGAACAGAAAGGUUAAAAGCUGAUACAUUUUGAUCUACAUGUGCCUGGUUCCUCUGAGUUUUGAGGUUGUUAAGGAGUCAAAAAUUAACAUUUUAAAAUUGUCACAUGAAAAUAAGUCUAGCUUUAAACUUCACCACUGUUAUUUAAUAACAAUAGAUAAUCUUAACUGAUAACUUAUCUGCUACAUUUGAUGAAGGUUGCUGGUUUCUGUGGUGUGUUUUGGUGAUUUGGCCAGUCUUAUGAUGUCAGUUCAGUGCACAGCAGUGUUAACUUGUAGCAAACUUCAUAUUUUGACUUCUUAACAAGGUUGCAUUUCAGAAAAUCUAGUGACAUACAGAAGACAAAUGUAUGUAGUACAACACAUAACAGGGUUGGAACCAUUUUCUUUAGCACAGAGCACAAUAGCAGCAAUUCUUGAAAAUUGUGUUCAUUGUGAGUGCAAUCUAGCUCUAGACCUACACAAUGAUGGCAGUGGUCUUUGUUAGCAAGGGUAACAGGAAUGAAGACUGUGCCAGAUCAAAGCUAAGUAAAUAAAGAUGAGGAUGUGACUUGCAGGAUGGUUGUAUGAUGAUAUGUUUCUCAGUCAUCCUGUUAGACAUUUCAGAUGAGGCUUACAUUUUAACUAAACACUACUAAAAAGGCAAACAUAUCAAAUAAACUUUUGGUACAAAUUCAAAGA